AUGGGAUUCCACAUCUGCUGGCCCAUUCUCCCUCUGCUCCUUGUCUCGCAUGUCUCGGCCAACGAUCAGUAUGUGAUAGGAGUGGCACCCACCACCACAGAGCCAGAAUGGUUCAAAACCCGACCGCAAAGCUUCCAAGGUGUGCGCCUCUCCCUUUUCGCUUGCUCGAUUAACAGUUCAGGAUACACGGCGACCGGGGCUGCGCCGUUUCUGGCGCAGACGAACCCUGCUCCCUUUGGCAACCCGGCCACCUACACAGCCAACCAUCCGCUGGAGACAUCGCAGCCUAUCCACGGAGCCAAAGACCGCAAUAUCUUCCACCACAUGGGCAUCUUAAGUCCCUACUACCCCCGAUCCGACGGAUUCGGUGUAGACGAAUACCCACGCCCCCAAGGCUCAAACAUCACACAAAUGCACAUGCUGCACCGACACGGCUCACGCUAUCCCAACAAAGACGAAGGCGACGACUUCGCCAACUGGGCCAAAACCCUCACCAACGCUACAUCCCACGGCGCCAUCUUCCACGACGAACUCUCCUUCAUCCAUAACUGGACCUACACCCUCGGCGCCAACAUCCUCACCCUGCGAGGACGAGAAGACCUCCUAGAAAGCGGCAUUCUCAACUUCUUCAACUACGGCCACCUCUACACCCCCGGAACCAAGAUCGUCGCCCGCACCACCACUCAAGACCGCAUGCUCAAAAGCGCCGAGAACUUCCUCGCGGGCUUCUUCCACCUCGACUGGGACGAGCACGUAAACCUACUCGCCAUGAUCGAAGAGCAGAACUUCAACACCUCUCUCCAAGCCAAAAACGCCUGUCCCAACGCCAUGAACAUCUCCUUUGACGACUACGUAUCCAACACCGUCACCAAAUGGAAAUCCCACUACCUCGCCCACCGCACCCACCACCUCAACCACCUCUCCACCAACUACCACUGGACCACCAACGACACCUUCACCGCGCAAACCCUCUGCGCCUACGAAACCGUCGCCCUCGGCUACAGCCCCUGGUGCGCCCUCUUCACCUUCCCCGAAUGGGAGGGAUUCUCCUACACCUACGACCUCACCUUCGGCGGCAACGCAGGGUUUCAAUGUCCCAUCAGUCGCGCAAUGGGCAUCACCUGGGUAGAAGAGUUCCUCGCACGCGUCGAGAACCGCUCAUUCUCAACAGAGGGAUCAUCCUCCGCCGCGAACCUCACCCUGAACACCAACCCAAUCACCUUUCCCACCAAUCAAUCCCUCUACUUCGACUUCGUCCACGACAAGAUCCUCCUCGGUGUCCUCACUGCCUUCGGACUGCGGCAGUUCGCUGACCUCCCGUUUCCCGAGUAUACCUCCGAUGUAAAUGAUGUCAAACUGCCCCGCCUGCACGACUUCCAAACAGCAAAAAUCAUCCCCUUCGCCGGCCGCCUUAACAUCGAGAUCAUCCGCGCUCCACAUAAGAUUAACCCGAAUCGUACCCAUGAUCCUCAUCAGGAUACUUAUAUGAAAGACACACAGGAGACUGGGUACGUGCAUUUCCUGCUUAAUCAGCGCACGGUGCCGCUACAUCAGAGUCUUCCUGAGUGUCCGUUUCGGAGUGAUGGGUGGUGCGAGUUGGAUGCGUUUCUGCGGGCGCAGAGGGAUAGUCUUCGGAAGGCGGAGUAUGAUUUCACCUGUGUGGGGGAGUGGGAUUUGGGAGAGUUUGGGGAGGUGCAGGAUGGGGUUCCUGUUCGGAAGAGGAGAUUGAGAUUGUAG